AUGUUCCGCAAACCGCCUCAGCAGGAAAUGCAGCAAAUGCGCGAGACCGAUCGGAGUGGUACAGCAUCACCCUUCUGGCGAGCCUCCUCCGCCAACAGCCAGCGAGACCAGCGCGCCUCCACCCCGGAGCGCAAGGUCAUUGGCGCGGCGUACAGUCAUGCCGACAUCCUCAAGUUUGACAAUCUUUCCUUAACCGGCGAUGGGAGACCACGAACACCACCCUCCAUAGGCCGCAAUAAGAGCACGCCGCCACCCUCGCGAUCGGGCGGGGGCGCGGGCACAGCGACGCCACCCCGACGGACAUACACGAGCUUUCUUUCCUCAACCGACGAUGCGUGGGGUGAUGCGACGCCGGUGGAGGACGAACUCGACGCUUACGAUGAGGAGGAAGACGAGUUCGGCUUGCCCAGUCUAGCAUCCAUGCGGCGCACAGGCAAGCGGAAGUCAAGUAAGAAGGGCUCCGAACCGGGCGGCAGCGGCAGUACAUCAACAUACAGCAACGGCCACGGCAACCGCACCUCCGCCCCUCCACCCGCCGCCUCAUGGGCGCUAGAAAACGGCGACGUGGCCGAAGAACGCGCCAUCCCCACCUACCCCUCCGCUCUCAACAAACCCACCGAAGGCAAAAUCCUCCGCCCCCAAUACAAAGACAUCCUCCGCGAUCCCGCAAACUCCCUCCACCUCAUCAGCCACCCCUCCAUCCCCCCUAACGCGACGGCGAAAGAACUCGAUGCCCAUUCAGCCCGGAUCUCACGAAUAAACAAGUUCAAGAGAAUCCUGCAAGCCAGCUCCAUCAACCUCCCCGAACUCCGCGACUCCGCCUGGUCCGGCCUCCCAACCGAAGUACGGGCGAUGUCGUGGCAAUUACUUCUUAAUUACCUCCCCACCUCCAGCGAACGCCGGAUCGUCCAACUCGAGCGCAAGCGGAAAGAAUACCUCGACGGCGUCCGACAGGCCUUCGAACCCCGCAACAACCACGGCGCCGCCGCCGCCGCAAACCUCAGCCCCAGCACCAACAGCAAUAGUACGGGCAGAAGCCGCGGCUUGGUGGAGGAGAUCUGGCACCAAAUCAGCAUCGACGUCCCCCGCACCAACCCCCACAUCCCUUUAUAUCAAUACGAAGCGACGCAACGCUCGCUGGAACGCAUCCUCUACCUCUGGGCCAUCCGGCACCCGGCCUCCGGCUACGUGCAGGGGAUCAACGACCUCGUCACCCCCUUCUGGCAAGUCUUCCUCGGCCAAUACAUCACCGACCCGGAUGUGGAAAGCGGGAUGGAUCCCGGACAGCUCCCCCGACCCGUCCUGGACGCCGUGGAAGCGGACUCCUUCUGGUGUCUGACGAAAUUGUUGCAGGGGAUCCAGGAUAACUAUAUCCAUGCCCAGCCCGGGAUACUGCGGCAGGUGAGCGCGUUGCGGGAUCUGGUUUGUAGGAUCGACGGGGCGCUGGCGAGGCAUAUGGAGGUGCAGGGGGUGGAGUUUAUUCAGUUUUCUUUCAGGUGGAUGAAUUGUCUGCUCAUGCGGGAGAUUAGCGUGCGGAAUACGAUUCGCAUGUGGGAUACUUACUUAGCAGAAGACCAAGGCUUCACAGCCUUCCACCUCUACGUCUGCGCCGCGUUCUUGGUCAAAUGGUCGGAGAAAUUGCAACGCAUGGACUUCCAGGAAAUGCUCGUGUUCUUGCAGGCGCUGCCGACGGGUCGGUGGACGGAGAAGGAUAUCGAGUUGUUGCUCAGCGAGGCGUUCAUUUGGAAGAGUCUUUUCGCCGGCAGUCAGGCGCAUGUGCGGCAGAUUGGUGGUGGUGGGUCGGAGAGGAGUGGUGGUGGUGGGGUGCUGCAGUUGUGA